AUGAAAAGUGGGAUUUACCUAGCAGCACUUCUUUACCUGUUCAACAAUUUAGGAGCGGGGCACGGACAAAAUGCAGAAGAAAGCAUAAAUAAAAGCGAAGGUAAAGUAAACUUCUUUUCCCUGGAUUCUAAUUUAAAGGGAAAUAAAAAGUCGAAACAUAAUAGGGUGAAAAGAAGAAAUGCGAAAUUUUCUAACUUUUUAAACCAAAAAUCGUAUGUUAAAGAAACAGAUAACGAAAAUGGGAAAGACGUCGAAGGAUCACAUCCGUCUCAUGAUUCAUCGUUUGUUAACUUAAAUGAUCAUGUCAAUGGGAAAAGUUCAUCAUACAGUGUUCAUGUAAGGCAAAGUACACCACAUAGUACUACGCAACGGAACAACGAAAAGGAAAAAGAAAAUGAGAAAGCACAUGGUGUUGUAAAUUCUUUUGUACAAAGUCAAGAACAGAAAGAAUCAAACGAUUUGGUCGAAACCCACAAGUCUAUAGCUGAUAUAAGUGAGAAACUGAAGGAUGAUUUUGAGUAUAACCCAGUGUUUGCCAUGGAGAUUAAUUUUGUUGACCUACAUUUUUUUAAACGAAUUCUGGACCUAAUUCCAGAAGGCAGUAAAUACCAUGAAUAUUAUGAGAAAACACUUAAACAACAGGUUACGGAACACACAGAUAAGUUAAAAACCUUAAUAGAUUCAUGCAUAUCUGAAAAAGAACAAAUAAUCAUAUUAGAACAUGAAAUUAAUUAUGCGAAGACGAAGUCUAUAGGAACAGAAACAUUAGGUAAAAAGGAAACAGAACUCUCAGAAAUAACUGGAGCCUAUGAUACUCAUAUAAAAGAGUAUAGGGAAAGUUUAAAGCCCAAAAUAAAUGAUAUAAAAAAUCAAGCCUUUUCAUUUUUGAAGGAUUCCUACUGUAAGGAAAAAUGUGAGCAAUAUGUAGAAAGAUAUAAUACAAUGCGCAGGAAUUUUAUAUCAAGUACAGGGAAUUAUAAAAUGGAGUCGUAUAUAUACAUUCAGAAGGCUAUUAACGAUUAUAGAGUGAUAGAUAAAAUGUUAUCAGAAGCUAAUGCACUCAAUGUAGACAUUCAAGAAAGUGCUAAUUCGUUGAAAUUGUUAGGAAAAGAAAUCAAUGAAAUUUCCCAUUUGUAUAAAAUUAACAGUAGUUUAAUUGACGAUGCAGCCCACAAUUUAGAAUCCAUAAAGGAAGAGAAGGAAUCUGACGAAAUAGGUGCAGAGAAAUUUGAAAAUAAUUCCAAAUUCCUAGCAGAAAACUAUUGUAUUUUUGAAUACAUAAAAGAACUUAACGGCAAAAUUAAGGAAAAAUAUGAAAGUAAAAUAAAAAAAUCUAAUGAACUAUUUUCUACGGUUAUAGACACCUUAAGAAAAAAUGCUACAGCGUUGUACGAGUCCACACUUGACAGGAGGAAGUGGUAUAAAAUUAAAACCGAUUCAGAUAAAAUAAAAGACGAAGCUGGAAAAAUAUUCAAAAGGAAUAAAAGGUUAUACGACAAUAUUCCAGAUGAUGAGACAACGUCUGAAAAGUCAAAAGAUCUUCAGGAGCUUAUCGACCGAAUGGAACAAAAAUAUGAAUAUGGCAUACAAGACAAAUGGGACUUCAUUUCUAGUAAAUACGAACAUAUAUACGAGAAUUUAAGGCAAAGGUAUAAAAUGGAAUUGAAUAAUAUAGAAGAACAAGAAAACAACACAAUAAAAGUAAAUUUAUAUUUGCAGAAAAUAAGCAAUAUUAACACUGAUAAAACCAGGAGAAUAGAUGAAACUUUCAAAAAAAUGGAACAGUUUUACAAAGAAAUGUUAGAAUCAAGAAGUGAAAUAUCUAAUCUGAACAUAGAGUUUAAAGAAAAUGUCGCAAGAAUAAAACAAUUGAAGGGUGAGAAAUUUUCUCGUGCUUUGAAUGAAGAAGAGAUCAAAGCUAUGUUAGAAGACAUGGCAAAAAAGGCAGAUGAUUUAAAGAAACUUGUCUCCUUAAAAGGGAAAUCAGAUGUGUGCUUCACCGAAAUUAAUGAAUUGCUCAACAUAGCAUCGUAUGAUAAUAUGGACGGGUUUAGCGAUAAGGAGACGGUGAAAAAGGAUAUUAACGAUCUAUUCAAUUCAAUGAAUACGAAAAACAUAAAUGAGCUAAUAGAAGCAGUUGAAAAUUUUAUAACCGAAAAUAAAGAGACAGCUCUGGAGAGGCUCGACAAAGCAGGACUAGAACAGAAGCUAAAAGCUGCCAAAGAAGCUUUUGCUAAAUUAGAUUUUGUUAGCGAUGACAAACUGACAGAUGUGUACACGGAAAUGAGUGAAAAGGUGACUUAUGCUGAAGGGAUGAAAAAUAAAAUUGCGAAAAAACAAUUCGAAAAUGUUCAUAACAAAAUGAAAGAAUUUUCGGAUUCGUUUUUCACAAAAUUUCAUGCGCUGCAAGACAGAAUGAAACAGUACACCCAGGAGGGAGACACCAUAAAAAAGCAUAUGCAAGAUAGAUCCGAAAAGGAGGAGGAAUAUUUUAAAAAUGUAAAAGUAGAUGAAGAUCUGCCCAAGAAAGAAAUAAAUGUGCAAGAAUACACUAAAGAUGAGCAAAAUUUUUCCAGAGAGAGAGAUAAAAUAUUCGCCGAAAUUACCCACGUGGUGGAAGUCAUAAAUAAAAUUGACAGCCAAUUAAACUAUUACGGUGUUAUUGAAAAAUAUUUUCCCCUCAUCAGCGAUAAAAAUGAAGUUUCAAAAGUUAAAGCAUUAAAGGAAAAAAUUAUUAGUAAUCGUUUGAGAGACAAAAUAUACCAGUACGAGAUCGAAUUCAGGAAGCAAACCAGUGCAGUAGAAGAUAUCGUGUCAAAUAUUCAAAGUUUAAAUAGGGCAAUAAAUUCACUUAAACGUUUAAAUGAUAGCAUAAACAACUGCAAUAAGUAUAACGAGGAUAUUGCUCUUUUCAGAGACAAAGUAAAAACUCUACGAGAAGAGAUACACAAGGAAAUUACCGAAACGGAGAGAGAUAAAAUGGUGGGAGAAAAUACCAAGGCGUUCCUUUUAACAAGUUUAACAGACAAAAUGAGAAAGCUAAGAGAAGAAUUGCACGAUAAUAGACUAAACAUUUUAGAAAUUAAAAACGAGAAUCUUCUGAAGUUUUACUCAAAAUCGAAGUCGCAAAUUCAUUUGAGCAAGGACCAAAAAGGGCGACAAGAUCCUUUGAAUAGAAUUGACGAAUGGAAAGAAAUCAAAAAGGAAGUAGACGAACUAUAUGUUAUUUACGAGAUGAUUAGCCAAAAUAAAGUUACGCUAUUUAAAAACAGCUCUGUUAGUUAUAUAGAGGCAAUGCAUCGCGAUAUAAACAACGUUGUUCACAGCAUAACAAGCAAUAAAAAUGAAAUUUUGAAGUCCGUAAAAGCAAUAGAAGAUAAACUAAACCUCGUUGAACGGAAUGAAGAUUAUAAGAAGGUUAGAAAUACGGAAAAUUCGGAACAAAUAGAAGCCAUAAGGGGAUCCAUCAGCAAACUCAACGAACUGGUCAACAAACACAUCGGCGCAAUGACCGCACUGGAGAUAACAUCAAAGAGUUUAAAGAUUAAUGCCAAGGAAAAGGAAAACGAAGACGAUCUGGAGGGGCUAAAUAAGGUGAAGGGACAAAUGAAGGAUAUUUAUGAAAAGCUAAAAAAGAUAUCGGAAGAACUAAAGAAAGAAACAGGAAACGAAUUGAAGGAAGCACAGGAAAAAGUAGACAAUGUGGAAUUAGAAUUUGAGAAGAAGAUUAUUGGGCACAUUUUAGAACAGAUUACAGUAGAAAAGGACAAAGCUCAAAAGAGUGUUGAAGAAAUGAAUUCUCUCAAGAAUAAAAUUAAAAACUUGAUAAAUAAAACAGCUGAUGAAUCGCAGAAUGAAUCAAUCACAUCGAGUAUUACAAAGCAUUUAGAUAAUGCAAGGAGGUAUGAGAAUAAAAUAAAACAAAAUGAAGCAGAAUCAAUUGAUUUGAGGAAUAUAGCGAACAAACUGGAGAUAUUCGAUGAGGUGAAAAAAAUGAUUCAGCAGGCUAACAGGAAUUUGCAAAGUGCUAUAGAAGCCAAUGCUGGUAUAAGCAAGGAGCUGAAUGAACUUAAGGGCGUUAAAGAAUUGUUCAUGUCAACGAAUUAUCGUAGCAUUUUAAAAUAUAUAAAGGAAAAUUCCAGCGAAUCUGUCCGUUUUAGUCAGUUAGCCAAUCAAGAAUUUAGAAAAGGAGAAAGUGAAGAGGAAAACGCAAGAGCCAGAUUGGAGGAGGCACAGAAGUUAAAGGAACAGAUUGUGAACGAUUUAGACUACAGUCACAUAGCUGAUAAGGUAAAAAAAAUUGAGGGAAUCAAAAGAGAAAUUUUAAGGAUGAAAGAUAGUACACUUACAUUUUGGGAAGAGUCAGAAAAGUAUAAACAAAUGUGCUCUUCACAUUGGGAAAAUACUAAACAAGGGAAGAAAAAAAUUGAGAAUUUAGAAAAUAAUGGGGAUGGAGGAAAAGCCAGAAUAAUGAAUAGUCAAAUGGACGAGGUAAAUGGUUAUGUUGUCAGAGCUGAGAACGCCUUUCACGAAGUGGUAGAGCGGGUAAACAAAACUGAAGUCUUAUAUAAAUCCCUCCUAGAUUAUGGAACUAAGAUGGAAAACCUGUUUAACGAAUCUUUAAUGAAAGAAAUCAAAGUGAAGUGUCAAAAAAAACAUGCUGAUGCGGAACAAAUAUUCAGCCAAAUUAGAAGCAUAGAUGGCAGAAUUAAAGGGCGAGUGACUGAGAACCAAAGAAAAAUAGAGGAAUUGAAGGAAAAAGGCAAAAUAGAGAAAAAGGAAUUUACGCAGCUUAACGAUAUUGCCACCAGGUCGUUAUUAGAAAUAGAUAAUUUCAGAAAACAACUUGACAUCGUUUUAUCAAACAUUGAAAGGGUGAAAAAAAAUGCACUUCAAUAUUUUGAUGCGGCUGAUAAAUCAAUGAAGUCCGUUUUGCCUAUAAGUGAAUUGAAUGCCGAAUAUUCCCUAAAUAAAAUAAAAGCUGCUAAUGGAUCUUAUGAGAAAAAUUUGGAAAUCGUUAAAAAUGAAAUGAGUAAUAUCAAUAUGGCAGAAGGAAGUCUGAUCGACAUAGAGAAAAAAAUAAUUGAGAUAGAAAAUAACUUGCUAAGAACGAUGGGAAAAUAUGAAGAAGGAUUACUCCAAAGGAUUAAGGAAAAUGCCGAUAAAAGGAAAAGUAAUUUCGAAUUAAUACGAAGCGAAAUAAACGCCUUGGUGGAUCCAAGGACGUCUAUUUUUAUUAAAUUAAAAUUGAAGGAAUAUGACAUGACCGGCGAUUUAAAAAAUUACGGUGUUAAAAUGAAUGGCAUUCAUGAAGAAUUUACCAAAUUGUACAAUUUGAUAGAAACCCAUUUAUCCAAUGUUUCAGAUUAUUCUGUGACCUUUGAGAAGGCCCAAAAUUUAAGGGAACGAGCAAAGAAGGAAGAAAAACAUCUGAGAGAAAGAGAGGAGGAAGCGAUGAGACUUCUGAAUGAUAUUAAAAAGGUGGAAUCGUCAAAACUGCUACAAAAAAUGAUGAAAAAGAUGCGCGCCGAAUAUGAAGGUAUGACAAGGGACCAUGCAAGCGUUAGUAAGCAUGUACAGGAUAUGAAGACAAUUGUCGAUAAGCUCAAAACAUUGAAUGAUUUAAGUGAAUGUUCGAGUAUGGUAAACAAUCUAGUAAGUAUAGUUAAAAAGGUUAAGGAGUCGAAAGACGCCGACUAUAAGAGAGAAGCGAAAAGCAUGUAUGAAAGUAUGGUAACUCUGGCAAAUUAUUUCCUAAGGGAUGAUGCAAAAAUUUCAUCAGGAAUGGAAUUCAAUGCGGAAAUGAAAUCUAAUUUUACGACAGACUUAGAGUCCGAGAUAUUUUCGGUAGUAUCAAAUUCGAAUAAACUUUUAAAAAAAAUUGAAGAGGAUUCAAAUGAUGUAAUACAAAAACAAAGAGAAAGUGAACAGCUAGCUAAAAAUGCUAGUGAUAUUUAUAAUGUAAUAAAACUAAAAAAUGAAUUUAACGAAAAAUGGGAAGAAGCCAAGAACAAAGAAAGGGUCGUUUCAGAAAAGAUAAGAGAAGCAUUAAAAAGAUUGAGGCAAGUGGUAGGAAAGAAAUGCCACUUUGAAAAUUUCCAUACGUUACUAGACAAUACAGAGGAGUUGGCAAAUUUAAAGGAAAUGGAUCCUGUCUAUCAGGUUAAGAAGAGAGAUGCGCCGAAAGAAUCGGUGUUGCAAGAAAUGAACAACGAUAUGAGCAUGUAUAGUAACUCCAUAGCACAGUUGGAAGGAAUACUCUUAUCAGCCAGGGAAUCUAAAGAAGACACUGAAAAAUUGGAAAGAGCCAAUGUCGAAAUGGGAAAUAUUAGUGAAAAAAUAAGCAUAAUAGAUUCAAAGGUUAUGGAAAUGAACCCAAGUAUUGAUGAAUUGUACAUAUUGGGAAAAAACUGUGAGUCUCACUCGAUUUUCCUAAUCAGGCGUGCUGUGAACAUGAGAACCUGCAAAAUAUUAAGAAUGAUAACUAAACAGAAGGAAAACACUGAAAAGUCUGUAGACUACAUUAAGACUAAUUUGUCCUCCACAGAUACUUAUGUCGAAACAUUGAAAAAGUUUUACCAUAAUAAGCUUACAUUUAGCAACGCAUCCGAAAAUGUGAAAAAUGCAGAUAAAUAUUUUCUAAAUUUCGAAAAACAUGAAAAGGAAUCUUUAAACACGAUAAGCAAUAUAAAAGGAGAAUUAUAUUCAUUCCAUCAAAAUAGUGAUAUUCACAUUGUAGAAGGAGGCGUCCAAAAUCUUUUGGCACUUUAUGGUAAGCUGAAGGAGGAAAAAAAACAAAUGGAUAAUUUUUACAGAAAUAUCAGUGAAACUAAGCUGAAGCAACUGGAACAAAGUUCUGACGUGUUUAAGCCCCUCUUAGAAUUACACAAACGCUUGAAUGAAACGAAUAAUAAGGCUUUGCUGGAGAAACAGAAGAAACUGAAAAGCGUGGAAGACAAUCUGCAUCGUAUAGAAGCUGAGCUGAUUAAAAAUUCCCUUAAAUACACCCCAGAAAGUGUGCAGAAUAUUAACAACAUAUACGACGUUAUGGAAGCUGAAGUGAAAAAGCUGGAAGAAAUUGAUCGUGAUUUUAGCUAUAAUUCUCAAUAUGUGGAAGAGUACAAGAAGCAAUUUUCCAUUUUAAUCGACAAAACGUACACCCUAAUGAAUGACAUCGAUAUUUUCAAAAAGGAAAACAAUUACAAUUUAAUGGAAGUAAGCACAGAAAAGAUACACAGAGAAAGUGAUUACAUAGAAAAGAUCACCAAUAAGCUAGUAGAAACAAAAACGGAGUAUGAAAAGAUCCUGGAGAAUAUAAAACAAAACGAUGAUAUGCUACGCAAUAUUCUUCUCAAAAAAGGAAGUGUUAUCGAAUUCCUUGAAAAUAUAAAGAAGAAAAAGGAAUUUAUAUUAAAUGACUUAUAUGCACAGGAAUUAUUGCUCAAAAUAGCGGAAAAAUUAGAUGAGAUUAAGCAUAAUGUGACAGAUAAACUGAGUAGUUAUAAAAUUCAUGAAAAAAUGCAAACAAUGUCCAAGAAUCUCCUGGAAAAAAAAAGCAAAAUGAUGAAUGAUAUUUCUAUUUAUGAUUUGGAGAGAGAAGCGAAGGAAAUAGACAGGGAUGUUAAACAAAUAAAAGAUGAUGCUAAAAUACUUAAUAGUGUUUUAGAAGAUGCUAUUAAUAAGAGGGGAGAUAUGGACGCAUUCUUCAAUCAGAUAUCUUUAGAUAAAAAUCCCAGUGAAUAUAAAUCUGCAGAAAAGCACAUGAAGGAAGCAAGUGAAAUAAUUCACCAAUUAGAAGUAAUACUUCGAGGAAUAGAUCAACUAGUAAAGGAUGAGCGCAUAUUAUCAGAAAUGAAUCAUAAAAAAAGUGAUAUAGAGAAGGAAAAGACAAUUAGGACUUUGGGAAUUAGUGAACAUAAUAGAAAAGCAGAGGAAGAAGGGGUAUAUGGGUUAGAUGAUGCGGAAAGUACACCACCCACGGAUCAAACCGAGAUGAGUGACGGUACCAGAAGUGAUGAACAUGAUAUACCUACACAGAACACCGAGGAUGGUAUCGAUCAGGAUAUGUCAGAUGCCAGUGAUGAAGCGGAUAUUUCGAACAGAAAGUUUAAUUCUGAUAAGGUCAAAUACAUAGGAGCAUUCAUUUUACUUUUUUCUUUCGGGGUAAUAGUGGUUAUUAUGAUAAAUCAAAAAGAUGACCCAGAGGAAGCUGAUAUUGGCAAGGAAAGGAAAACAAAAAAUGGCAACGAAGCGGAUGAAGCGUUUGAAAUUACAGACAACAUAAACCUAGGAAACAAAGAAGAAAUCAUUGAUGUUUGUUUCGUUGAUCCUGAUGAGUAA